GGUUAAAAAGAAGGGCGCCGCCUACGUUGGGCAUGACUUCCGCCUCAUUUUUACAAUGCGAGAACUAUCUUGUAUUUCUAGUAUCUUUGCCGAUAGCCGUAAAUAGUACUGUAGGUGUACUCCAUUUUUAAGCGAAGGACUAGCCUAGCCUAGGUUUAUUACAAGGAACAGCUUAGAAAGAAGGUAAUGUCAUCGAGUACGCCAAAGAAAGAAGAGAGCAAAGGAAGAAGAAGAAGAUCUAAUGGAGGCACACCAGACAGACAGUCAAAUGAGGGUAGUACACCGAGAAGACAGCCUAAAGGACAUAGGACACCAAAUAGACGGAGUAAUUGUCAACAAAACAACCAACAAUCACCAUCCACAGUGAGAGGGACACCCAAAAAGAAUGACUUUAAGCCGUUUCCAUCGUACUUCACAUCAGAAGCUGUUAGUGAUGGAUUGAAAAGGGGAACACUCUUGAAGGGGUUGCUGAGGAUCAAUCAAAGGAAGUAUGAAGAGGCCUUUAUUGACUCGCUGGAUGGUUAUGGUGACAUCCACAUCAAAGGCAUGAUUGCUCGCAACCGAGCAUUACAUGGUGAUGAGGUCAUUGUUGAACUGCUUCCGAAGGAUCAGUGGGAGGUUGACAUAGAAGCUUUUGAAGCAUCACAAGACAAGAUAGAAGCAGUGUCAACAAGUAUGGAAACAUUAACUCUUGGUGGUAAAGAAACGUGCAGUGAUGAAACCACAGGAGGUGAUGCUGCUUGUGAUGAAGAUAGCAUCAAAAAACGUUUGUUUGCAGGUACACCAAUCAAGGAAGCAAUACCAGAAAAGUUUUUUGAAAAGUUUGGAAAGGUGGUGUAUAUCUCACAAAAGAAUCAUAGCAGGGCGGCUGGUGGACACCUCAAACCACCUACAAAGACAGCAGUAGAUGCUCUCUUUAGUCCUAAUGACCCGCGUAUUCCACGUAUGUACAUCCCUGUAUCCGAGUGUCCUGAGGGAUUUCUUGAUCGUCCGGAUGAUUUCGCCAAAUUUUUGUUUAUUGCCAGAAUCAAAGACUGGGAUAGUAACAAGGCACUUCCUAAAGGGUGUCUGCAGAGGAGUCUAGGUGAAGCUGGACAGAUUGAACCAGAAACCGAAGCCAUUUUGAUUGAACAUGGUGUAGACUUUUCAGAAUUUUCUGAUGAGGUGUUGGCUUGUCUUCCACAAGGUGAAAAUUGGAGUAUACCCGAAGAUGAGAUAGCAAAGAGAAGAGAUUUAAGGAAGGAAUGCAUCUUCACCAUUGACCCAGCCACGGCCCGUGAUUUGGAUGAUGCCCUAUCCUGUAAAGAAACAGAUGAUGGUAACUUUGAAGUUGGAGUACAUAUCGCAGACGUUAGCUAUUUUAUACCUGAAAAAUGUGCCCUUGAUGAAGUAGCAAGUCAAAGAGCUACAAGUGUCUACCUUGUGCAGAAGGUAAUUCCUAUGCUUCCCAGAUUAUUGUGCGAGAAAUUGUGUAGCUUAAAUCCGUACCAAGAUCGAUUAGCAUUUUCUUUUAUUUGGACACUAACUCCAGAUGGAAUUAUUGAAAAUGAGUGGUGUGGUCGGACUGUGAUUCGGUCAUGUGUGAAGCUGAGUUAUGCCCAUGCUCAGGAUAUGAUAGAGCAUCCAGAUAAGGAGUUUGCAGAUGGCGAGUUACCUGAAAUUUCCAAUCGGUAUGGUGUUGAGGAUGUUAAAAGAAGCGUAUUAAACUUGCAGAAGAUUGCUAAUCGUCUUCGUCAAAAACGAUUUGAAGAGGGUGCUCUAAGGCUGGAUCAAGUCAAACUAUCUUUUACGAUUGAUAAAGAAACUGGUUUGCCCUCUGGGUACAGUGUUUAUCAGCUUAGAGACAGCAAUAGACUAGUUGAGGAAUUCAUGUUACUAGCCAACAUGGCCGCUGCUGUCAGGAUCUACCAGAGUUUCCCAAAGCAAGCGUUGCUGCGACGACACAGUGAGCCCAAACAAAAGAUGAUCGAACAGUUGGUGGACAUGUGUGCUGAGAUGGGCUUGUCAAUAGAUGCUACUACUGCUGGAACUAUACAGGAAUCUUUACAAAUGUACACUGGUGAAGACGCAUAUUCUAAGGCACGAACACAGAUUCUAGUCAACUUAUGUUCAAAACCAAUGCAGCUUGCAAAGUACUUCUGCACAGGUCUUGUUCCCGAUGAGAAUGCGUACAGACACUAUGCUUUGAAUGUCCCUUUUUACACUCAUUUCACGUCACCAAUCAGACGCUACGCUGACAUCAUUGUGCAUCGUUUGUUAGCAGCAUCAGUUUAUGCUGCAGCUGCACCCACAAGAGAUGCCCAAGUGAUUGAGCUGCAAGCCAAGCAUUGUAACGAAAGGAAAACUGCCUCAAAGAAAGUGCAAGAAAUGAGCGCUGAGAUGUUUCUAGCAGUCUAUAUUAAGGAGUGUGGACCAUUGGAAGAGAAUGGCAUGGUAAUGGCGGUCCUCGAUAGGUCAGUAGAUGUGCUUAUUUUAAGUAUUGGUGUUGUGAAAAGAGUCUACUGCAAUGCGACUGAAAUAGCUGACAAAGUGAGUUAUAAAUUUAGUAAAAACGGAAAGUGCCCCCAGUUAAAUUUGGUAUGGGCAGCAGAUGAGAAAAACGCUGCUGAAACCAAACAAGAGGUCAAAGUGUUUUCGACAGUUAAAGUUAUCUUAACAGCUGGCGACCAAGAUCUGAAAUUUAAGGCAAUUUUGAAAAGACCGGAGGAUAUAUGAUUGUAAAAAUGCCGCAAACUUCUGUGCCAACAAAAUUCAACGGUUGAUUUUAAGUUUGUUAUUUGUUAAGUUUGAUGAUUUCUAUGAUUCAAGAUAAUAAUUACAGUCUUGGUAUUCUGUACACUAAGAUCUAAGCAGGACAUGGCAUGCCUUUUAAGAAUUUAAUGUUUUAACAAUUUUGAGCCUCUGUUAUUGUCCAAAUGUAUAGAAUUUAACAUGAACAGAGUUUUAUGGUGAAUGAAUAUAUUUUUAUCUUAUGCAAUACAAAACAUUGAAAACUGCAAUUUCUCCUAAGUUAGUUUGUUCAUUAAAGUAUUGUGAACUGUGUUGCUUUUUUUCAAAUUAUGAUUUUUCAACUUUAAAAAAUUUCUUGUAUAAUAAUAUUUUAACUCAAAGAUUGCUUUUCUGUACAUUUUUAAAGCUUAUUUUUUAUAACACAUUUUAAAUAUGUUUUUUGUAUUAUUAUUGUGCUUUGGUUAAUAAUACUUAGAUAUUAAUUUCCAAAGGUCAAAACAGUUUACCAAUACAUUUUGGGAACAUCUUUAUUCUUAAGCUUUCGUGAUUUGGUAAUUUGUUUAGAAGACCCUUGUGCAAAUGCGGCUAGAGUUGAUUUCUCGCUCCUCAAACAACCCUUACUAUUAGGAGGGAUAGGGAACAUUAUGGUACAGUACUUGUAAAAUUGUAUUACAGCAUUUGUUUGAUUGAGUGAGGGAUGUUAGUGGCCAAAAGUUAGCAGUAUGGUAAAUGUUUUAAUAAUAUCUAUGUUAUCUCUGUUAUUCAACCACAGGAAUUUGAAAAUUGAAAUUACAGUAGUAUUGAUAGUGUUCCAUGUGCAAACCUGAAAUAAUACCAAAAGGUAAAUAUUCAACAUUUUAAAUGUCAGGUGUUAGAUAAAUUAUAAAUUUAAAACACUUUAAAAUUUUAACUGUUUGUGUUAACAAGUUACCUGUUUUUCAUGUGUAUGAGAAAUUGUAAAGAAUUCUGAUGCAGAACCUGUCAAAAGGUCAAAAACAAGCAAUUCAGUUAAUGUUGGGUUUUGUCGAGAGUGUGCUUCAUCCAUAUGAUUGUUAAUGUAUUCAUUUUUUAAAUGUGAAAUGAAAUCAAUAAAGUUUUACUUUAAUGUAGA